CUUACUAUACCUUCCUGUCGGCGAUGUGGUGUCCACUGGUGGAUAUUUUUUCUACCAGCUAUUUAACAGGAGUGAAUUACACUCGAUAUGUGUAUAAGGAAUAAAGAGGAAGUAAGGUGGUGUAAUUUACACUGGUGGAGACUGCACCAAUAGCAAACAAAAGAACAACGUGUGGUGUAGGAUUUUAAAGUCAAAAUUGUCAUCUAGUCCAGCUGUCAGCUGUCAAUUUUCCAUUUUCCAACAUUUUGAGGUUGAUGUACGACAAAAAAAUUACUCAUAAAAAAUUACCUGUAGUGGUUCAUUGUUCAUUGUGGACAAUUACGUAUUUAUAAUUUGAAUAUUUUAAUUAUAAGGAAGAAACGAGUAUGGCUCAGUAAUAAUUAGUUGAUGAAUAAUGUUAGCAUAUUAGUGACCUUUUUAGUUCUACAUCUACUAUAAAUAUGGCAAAUGUAGAAAUAAGACAUUUGCUUAAGAGAAAUCGGAUACCAGAAAACGAUGUCAACUUAUUAAUUUUUAUACUGUACCUUCCUAUUGGACUAAUUUUAAUAUUAUUAAGAUCCGUAUUACUCUUAGGUCUCUUUAUCCUUGGCCAAGUUUUGCCAGAUACAUCUGUCUCGCAGAAACUUAUAAAUAAAAUAGCUUGUUUAGGCUUAGGCAUAUCUAUACACAUUGAAAAUCCAAAAAGUAAGGAAAAUGUUAAUGUAUAUGUUAGCAAUAGUUUAUCUAUUUUUGAUCAAAUAGCUGUAUGUAGUGCCACUGGGGCAGUAUCGCCCAGUUGUAGAACAACACUAGAAAAGGUUCUAGGUCUUAGUACUUACUGCUUUGGUUCUGUUACCAACUUAGACAACUUUAAAAAUAACAUAAAACAAUUUAUUGCUGAGAAAAAGACACCACUGUACUUUGCACCUGAAGAAAAAAUUACCAAUGGCAAGGCUCUUCUAAAAUUUAAGACAUAUCCUUUUGAAUUUACAAAUAAGGUCCAACCUAUUUGUAUCAAAAUAGAUAGACCAUUUUUGGACAUUUCAGUAACCACAAUAGGAUCAACAUUCAUUAGCGAUAUGUUUUACUUUCUUUUUGCUCCUGUAACGAACUAUAAGCUUACCUUUCUGGUACCAUUUGAGAAAACGAGUAUGUCAGAUGAUGAAUUUAGUGAAGUCGUUCGUCAAAAUAUGGCUACAUCAUUGAAGAUUCAAACAACUGAUUUUACUUCAAAUGACAUAGCAGAGUGGGAGAAGAGAACAUUAACUGAACCCCCUCCGAGAUCUCAAAAUCGUCCGCCAACAAGAUCUCUCAAUCCUGAACUUCAAAGAAUGAGUAAUCAAGUUAAAGAAGUAUUACCUCAUGUUCCUCUCAAUGUUAUCUACAGCGAUUUAUAUGUAACAAGAAACGUAGACAGUACUAUAACUAAUAUACUGGAAGGCCGUCUGCACUUCACUCCUGAACAGCCUACAACAAGUAACACCAUUAACCAACCCUCUACAUCAUCUUCUUUAUCAUCUAGUUCGCCAGCUACAGGAGCUUCCACAUAUGGCGGAAAAACGUUAUUCAAUACAGCUGCAUCUUCAUUUCCCAAAUCGGCCAGCGAACGAAGCAAAUCGUUUCAAGAGCGCAAAGAACAACUGAUAGCUAGUGCUAGAAGACGUUAUAUCGAGAAACACAAUCUGGAUAUACCGUUUUAGAGUAAUUCCUAGUUAACCUUUUCCAUUCUGCAGUGAUAUUAGUUAAUGACAUUUGUCAAAUUUGAGUUAAUUCACAAAAUUAAUAAGAAAGAAGAAUAGAAAUAUUAUAACAUUUUUUAACACUAAAAACUACAACAUUGUUGUUCUUUUUUUUAGAAAUCUAACUCAUCAGAAUUUUCAGUGAUUUUAAUGAACUUGAUCUCUAGUUUUAAUUAUGCAAAGUUCUUUAAGUGUCACAUCCCAUCUGCACUUCUUAACAAUAACUGAUUCAUUAGGUUAGUGGAAAACUAUUAUUUAUCAUUAACAGAUUUUACAACCGGUUGCAAGAAUUUUCAUUAAAAUUUGUGAG